CACUAGUGUUAUCUGAAUUCCUCGCUGUAAUAAAUGAUGAAGUAACGAUAAUAUCCGAAAUCCGCACAAGUUCACACGUAGUGAUUGAUACCUUAAUUUUUCUUGACGAUAUUGAUAUGAUCAUGUCUACGUACUAUCUUUGUUGGAAAUUAAUAAGGAGUGAGAAUUUUGUUGAAUACAGUUGUUGAUCGAAUUUGUGUAUGAUGGAAUUGGCAAAGAAAUUUAGUGAAAAUAGAAAUGAGGUUCUAUCGGCUUAUGAACUGACCGAAGAAGAUGUCAACAGAUGUAUUUCUGACUUGAGAAUUUGGUUAGAGGGUCAGAAGCAUUUACAAACACAUCUUCUGGGAGAUGACCUUCUGGAAAGAUUUCUCCUGAAAAACAAAUUCUCAAUCGAAAAAACGAAAAUAAAAAUGGAAAAUUACUGCACACUCAGAAAAAAAUAUCGGAAAUUCUAUGAAAACUAUGAAGAAAUUGUUCCAUCUAAGGAAAGUUCGUUCAUCAUACCGAUGUUUAAACUCAACGAUGAUUUGAACAGAAUCAUCAUAUGUAGAAUUUUCGAUGAAAAAAAAUUCGACUUUCUGAGAAGCGCGAGAGGUAUUAUGCUGAUGCUGGAAAUGGAAAGUAGGAUGGACUACAGCUGCGGGGAUGAAUUCAUCGUAGACUUGGCUGGAACCGGCGCUCUUUUUUUAACCAAGAUUAACUUCUUGCUCUUGAAGGAUGCUCUCACUCUAGCAAUCAAAGCAUAUUCUGCCAGAGUCAGAGCCGUACACAUCGUGAAUGCACCAAGAAUCAUAAAUGUAUUGAUGACACUCCUCAAGACAAUUGUACCUACAAAAAUAUUUAAUAGGAUUCGAGUUCACCGCAGUUUGGACACUGUCUAUGAAUAUUUUCCCAAACGUUUACUACCACUGGAGUACGGUGGAGAAUUAGGAUCAUUGAAUACAAUUUUAGCUGACUACGAUUUAAUUUUCAAAGAGUGUCAAGAUACAUUUUCAACAGCACUCCAAAUUGCGACAGACGAAACAAAGAAAACUACAAAGAGAACGCCAGAUGAUGAGUCUUUCAGAAAACUGCAGAUAGAUUGAAAACCUUAGAGGAAUAGUGCUUACUCGAAGUAGAAUAACAAAUAAUGUGAUUCGUAUAAAAAGUGUUUCCUAAACUGAUAUGAAUAGAUUUUUACCAUUGAA